CGAAAGAGGACAGGGUGGCGUCGGCGAAGGGCGUAAAUUGUGACGUGGCAUAAAGAUCACUCGUCAUGACUGAUAAAGGACGCCCGUUGCGGCUGCUCGUGAGUGAUUUUAUACUGAUGGUUAGAUCCACACCAUGCUCUCACGUCUAGGCAUACUGCACCCCAUCAUCCAAGCGCCAAUGGCUGGUGUCAGUACCCCAGCUAUGGCUGCUGCGGUAUCAAAUACUGGAGGCUUAGGCUCCAUAGGCGUCGGAGCGAUGAAUCAUGAACAGACUCGGACCGCGAUCAGGGAGAUCAAGCGUUUGACAGACAAACCAUUCAAUGUGAACGUCUUCACGAACAAGCCUCCUCAGAAGGAUCCCAUUCGAGAAUCUGUCUGGAUAGAUAUCCUUCGCCCACACUUUGCUGGAGCCAACACGCAUUUCCCGGGACCUCUGGAAGUGAUCUACAAGGAUUUUGACCACGAUCCAGAAAAGUUACAAGCCAUUCUCGAUGAGGGUGUACGCAUCCUCAGUUUCCACUUUGGCUUGCCGUCGCCUGAGAUCAUCCACAGGCUCAAGCGCCGGGGCAUCAUUCUCAUGGCGUCCGUCACCUGCUUGAGCGAGGCGAAACUCGCAGAGGAUGCCGGAGUAGACAUUCUCAUCGCUCAAGGGUAUGAAGCGGGGGGACAUCGGGGCAUAUUUGACCUUCAAGCAGAGGACCAACGGUUAUCGACACUUGUCCUCACCAGUCUCUUGACUCGCUCGACAAAGCUACCCGUCGUCGCAGCUGGAGGAAUCAUGGACGGUCAGGGCAUCGCCGCGGUGAUGGCCCUCGGUGCGGAAGCCGCUCAGCUAGGAACUGCUUACCUGCUCUGUCCCGAGUCGGCCGCAGACGACUCGUAUAGAGUAGCGAUUGAGAUAAUCACCUCGACGCGCAUGACCACUUUCGUCUCGGGCCGUCCAGCGCGGUCUUUGACGACCAAGUUUACCCGCAUGGAGGAAGAGAAUCCUCAGAUCAGGCCUCCUGAUUACCCUCUUACCUACCAUGCUGGAAAGGCUCUGUACACCUCCGCGAAGGCGGCUGACGAUCCGGGCUUCGGGGCGUUCUGGGCUGGACAAGGCGUACAAUCCUGUCGUUCCCUUCCGGCUCGGGAUGUCACCACAAAGCUGGUCGAGGAGCUAGCAGUCGCUCAGCGGUGUGGCACAUCGAGGACGCAAAUCUAGUCGUUCGUCCUGACCUGACUGGAGGAUCACAGCGUCAAAAGCCUUCCACAGCUGCCCCUGACUGGAAAAUCCCUUCGCAGGACGGUUUGUGCUUGGAAAGCUUCGGUUGCAAAGAAGCUGUGGAGAUAUUCCGACAAGGAGACCCAUCCAGCUGUUCUACGUCUUUGCGCAUGGUGGUUGAUCCUCUUCCGCUUGAAGAGGUUGGCUCGAGCUUGGAACAACUUGGACACGUCAAUAUCAUCUGACCUGCACCCCUGGACAUGAGUCCUUGUGUAUCGGAGAUCGGCUGUCUUGCUGGUGAUGGUAGGGUUGCCACGACAGAGCUUUAAGGGUAGCGAGAAACACGACGUCCCACAUGAACGUUCAGCACAAUCAGGACAGCCAUGCAUGAU